CACACAUACACACACGGUCGUUCACUCACUUACUCAGUCGUAUCCUGAGGAUGUUAAAUCAGAGAAACCAGCCGGGCAUGCUUUUACUCCUGAUCCUGCUGUGCCAGCUCAUGGAAGAUCGCACAGUCCUGGCUGGGAAUUGCUGGCUCCGGCAGGCAAAGAACGGUCGUUGCCAGGUCUUGUACAAAACUGAGCUCAGCAAAGAAGAGUGUUGCAGCACAGGGAGGCUUAGCACUUCGUGGACUGAAGAAGACGUGAAUGACAACACGCUUUUCAAGUGGAUGAUUUUUAACGGGGGCGCCCCGAACUGCAUCCCUUGCAAAGAAACCUGCGAGAACGUGGACUGUGGACCCGGGAAGAAAUGCAAAAUGAACAAGAAGAACAAGCCUCGGUGUGUCUGCGCGCCGGAUUGCUCCAAUAUCACCUGGAAGGGCCCAGUCUGUGGACUGGAUGGGAAAACCUAUAGAAACGAGUGCGCUCUCCUCAAAGCCAGAUGCAAAGAGCAGCCAGAGCUUGAAGUUCAGUACCAAGGCAAAUGUAAAAAGACCUGUAGGGACGUUUUAUGUCCAGGCAGCUCCACGUGUGUGGUGGAUCAAACCAAUAAUGCCUACUGUGUGACAUGUAAUCGGAUUUGUCCCGAGCCUACCUCCUCUGAACAGUAUCUCUGUGGGAAUGAUGGAAUAACUUAUUCUAGUGCCUGUCACCUGAGAAAAGCUACCUGCCUGCUGGGCAGAUCCAUUGGAUUAGCCUACGAGGGAAAAUGUAUCAAAGCAAAGUCCUGUGAAGACAUCCACUGCAGUGGUGGAAAAAAAUGUUUGUGGGACUUCAAGGUUGGUAGAGGCCGGUGUUUACUCUGUGAUGAGUUGUGUCCAGAGAGUAAGUCUGAUGAGGCUGUGUGUGCCAGCGACAAUGCCACUUAUGCUAGUGAGUGUGCCAUGAAGGAGGCUGCCUGCUCCACAGGUGUGGUCUUGGAAGUAAAGCACUCAGGAUCUUGUAACUGAAUCUGCCAGUAAAACCUGAGCCAUUGAUUCUUCAGAACUUUCUGCAGUUUUUGACUUCAUAGAUUAUGUCUUUUAAAACCAAACCAAACCAAACCAAACCCUAUUGCAUAACAGCAGAUGCCAAAGAGCAUCUCACUGCAAGUCACAUAAAAAUACACCGCUGUAUUAUGGCUGUUUCAGAGGGCUUUGAAAGCGUGCACUGAGCUGCUUCUGCGCUGUUGUUGUCCUUAUUUAAACAACAGCUCCCCUGUAUUCCCCCAUCUAGCCAUUACUGAAGACACGGAAGAGGAGGAGGAAGAUGAAGACCAGGACUACAGCUUUCCUAUAUCAUCAAUUCUAGAGUGGUAAACCCUCCAUCAGUGUUGGGAUAGCCCUUGGGCAACAAAAAUCAGUGUCCAUACUGUAAAUAAGUGUAUGCUUAUUUAUUUUGGGGGGAAAAGUACACAGAGAGGACCUUUGUCCUGCAGCCCUCUCCCAGGCAACCUUCCCACUGACUUGACAUGGGAGAGGCCGUCAGUUUGAGGUCUGCUGGAUGGGGCCCAUAGAUGAGACUUGUAGACAUUUAUUUAUACUGUGUCAUGUUUUAUAAUUUAUACAUAAAAUGUCUGGUUGACUGUACACCUUGUUUUUGAAGAAAUUUAUUCGUUAAAGGAAGAGCAGUUGUUAUUUAUUGUGAGGUCUCUUGCUUGUAAAGUAAAAAGCUUUUUUUUUUCCUUGUAAAACAUUUUAAUCCAUUCCUUACCACUCACUUACCUGUCACCUUUUGGUCCACUGCUGAAAUUCCCUUUCCACUUUAAUGAACAUGCAUGUCAGUUUCUAUCAUGUUUAUUUAUUGGAUUCUCUGCUGCCAGUUCUGUACAUACAUGAUCCCUGGGGUUUUUGUUUACAAGGAAUCUUGACUGACCAAAAGGCAUUAUGACUUGACUCAAACGUACCGUACAGCAGUCCACCUGAAAGGAAACUCCUUCCUCAUUUCCCUCUCAUUGGACCCCAAACAGUCUGGGAACACCAGUGUUACAGUGAAACCGAGAUGUUCUUCUACUUUGAAAAUUCACAGAUCCAAAGAAUUGGGGUGAGAAAGAUGCCCAAAAGGGACAUCCAUCGGGAUGUCGUGGCAGUAGAGAGGGGAUUCAUAGACACAUAAAUACUUUGAGGUGUUUCCUUUCAGCCGGACUGCUGUACCCUUUCGAUUAGUUCUUUUUUUCAAACAAUGUCAUUAAAAGGUAUAUUAAAGCUUUAUCAGUUCAAGUUUCUUGCUUUUCAUAAUACUUUUUUUCUGAUGCAAUUUUAUAUUUUCAAACAUGGCAAGUUAAAUAUAAAUUCAUUUAAAUAUAUAGUUUUGUACUUUUCUACCAUGUAAAUGUGCAAUGUAUAUAAAAAGUUAUAAUGUGUAUUUGUAAAUAAAUGAUGAGUGAAAAAUAAAAAAAAAUGUUUUAAAAAA